AUGAAGAAAAUGUUUGAAAUGAGCAUGAUUGGAGAGCUGUCAUUUUUCCUUGGUUUACAGGUUCAACAAUCCAAACUGGGAAUGUUUGUUUCUCAGACCAAAUAUGCCAAGGAGCUUGUGAAAAAAUUUGGUCUUUAUGGAAAGAGUCACGUUUGGACUCCAAUGAGUAUUAGUGUAAAACUUUCGGCAGAUCUUGCCAGAAAAAGUGUUGAUCAAACACUCUAUAGAUGUAUGAUUGGAAGUCUUCUGUAUCUCACUACUAGCAUGCCUAACAUCUCUUGUAGUGUUGGUGUGUGUGCUCGCUUUCAAGCAAAUCCCAAGGAAUCUCAUUUAACAGCUGUCAAACGCAUCAUCAGAUAUGUGAAUGAACGUCAAUUGGCAAAUCUGUUCACUAAACCUCUGGAGGUGUCUCGUUUUGAAUUUUUGUGCUCUACAAUUGGUGUUUGUGAACUGCUUGAGAAGGCUUUAAUGAGAUCCAAGGAAGGUCAUUGCUUUGGUGUGUUGCCUUGCUCACUUGAUGAUGAUAAAACUGGUGUCUUUGAUGGGUGUUUGUUGAAGAAAGUUUAUCGAAGGGUUCGUAAAGGAAGUCACUAUUUGAAGAUGAUCAGGCUGGCAAAAUAG